AUGAGCGACGAUGAUGAUAUCUCGAUUACAUCAACUGCACCCAGUGAGCAGGAGUCUGAAUAUGAAGUGGAAACUAUCUUGGCUGAGCUUGAAUUUGACGAAGGCAUCAAAUAUUUGGUGAAGUGGGCUAAUUACCCAAUUGAACGAUGCACGUGGGAACCCCCCGAAUCCUUUUGCAAUGAACAGACUUUGAUCGACUGGAAUAAGAAGAAAAAGGCAGUUGCAGAAGGAAAGCGUCCAGCAUUUGAUCUUGUCAGGUUUGAAAAUCAUCUAGCUGCCCUUGAGAGCGCAAAACAUGACAGGCAGCAAAGAAGAGCCGCAAAGAGGAGACGUCUGGGGCUUGACGGACCCCAGCAAAGUCAUCCUACUUUGGAGAGCCCUCCGAGUAAUAACGUGCCUGACCCAAGGAUUCCUGAUUGUACUGGCUCCAAUGAUAUCGAAGUCGACAGAUCGAAGGCUUCAUCCGGACAAACUCCCCGAACGAAUGCCCGCGGAGGAAGUGCGCAAACUCAAACUCAACAACUUCCAAAAAGACCACCUCUCCCUAUCUUAUUCGGAACUGCCCCGGCUCCCACCCGCCCGAAAAGGAUGAACAGCUCCGAGACGCCAAAGUUAUUCAAUCUGUCGACAAGAUGGAAGCACGAGAAGGCGAAAGCUUAUGAACCACCUCCUGAUAUGAACCAGCUGCAACUCAUUCGGCCAUCCGACUGGCCAGCAAGGAGUGGGCUCGCUGCGACAAAGUUAGGGCUGCACAGCGUCAGCUCGCCUAGCGCGAAGAAUGACGCCAGUACCGCUACGCUCGAAUCUCGUAAUUUGAGCUUACCCACGCAGGAUGGGCCAGUCUCGGCGAAGCUAGGUCAUCAUGAUGUUAGCUCUCCAAAGGAGGGUGACUUGAAUAGCGUAAAGAUUGGAUCGCACGUUACCUCGUCGAAGCAAUUCAAUGCAAGUCCGGUGAAACUAGGCUCGCAUAAUGUGAGCUCUCCUAAGUCAGUCACUUCGGGAAGACUAGACACGUAUAAUGUCAGUUCGUCAAACGGAAUCAAUGACAGUGCAUUGGAUCCAGAAUCGCAUGAUGUCGGUUCGCGAAUGGACCUUGAUUCGGAAAAUGAGGCUCAAGGCCAAAUUGGCCAAACUUGGGAGAGUGGGGCCCUGAGUUCACCGAAUCGCGCACGGUAUGGGUCUUACAAGCCGAAUCACAGCGUGCCAGGCACAUACAGACCAACGUGCGCUGCGAAUACCUGGAGACCCGACCGACCAUUGCCAGCUAGCUGGAGUCCAAGCCAACCUUCCGGUGACAGUCUGAGACCCAAUACUAGCUCCCCAAUCCAUCGCCAUGUACUCGAGGACUAUCCGAUACCCAAGCUCCCAAUGAGGGAACCAAAACCAGGGGCCUACGUCGUCAAUAACCGCCAACAGUAUUACUGGAAUCCUGGUGAGCUCCUUGUCUAUCUUUACUACGGCCCAGAGAAGAAGGAAAUUGGUUCGGCCAGGCUCUGUGGCCUGAGUUCCGAGAGUCGAAACUGGCUCAUGUCUACCAAAAGAGGCAGUCGAAUCCAUGUCUGGUUUCAACAUACAUGUAACCUGGAAGAGUAUAAUGUCCUGUGUGAGAACACGAAAAACAAUCAGAAGUUCUCCAGUGGUUGGAUAGAAGGGUUCGAUGACACAGAGCCGAGCAUCUACAAAAUUGGGGAAGAACUUCGUCGUAAUGAGCUUGUGGCCAUAUUAUAUCCAGCUCCAAAGAGCAGGAUGCAGAUGGUGUUACUUGCCUAUUCCCCAAAGUCGUCAGACUUUGCGUUUCUCAAUGCAGAUUCUGCCCAUUUUAGAAUCCCUGAGGACGUUUUCCUAAAUGUUGCAGUCCGAAGCCCGUUGCAAGGGUUUGACACCAUAACUGCUCGGCGUGAAAGAAAACAGCUUUGUGCUGAGUCACACAACCCAGUACCCCUCGCACUCAUAACUCCCCAGGAUGCUCCAAGCAGAGCUCGACCUACCGGAGCUGUGGCUACCCGGCCUCCUCCUGUGAGCGUUCCUGAUGUUUUGACUCUAGAAGCUGGGAGGCGUGUCAAUGAAAUAUCCAACCUUCGCAUUCAAAUUUCGACGGACAGCAAAGUCAUGACACCAAAAGCGUCUGAAGCGUUAGACGUGACAAAACCAUUUGAUGCAGCAAAUGACUCAGUCUCAACAGACACAACUAGUGUAGCCCCCAAAAUUUCAACUCAACCCCCUGGCGCCUACAAACCCCAGAACACACCACGAGAAUUAGAGCAUGCGAACUUGGCUGUACAGGAUCCCGCACAAGGGACCAGCACACUAUUAUCAACAUCGCAGGCUCCAUUGCCGAGAGAAAGGACUACGCAACCAGCAACCGAGACCUCAUCUAUGACCUCUAAGGCUCGAACAGCGCCGGAGGCAGACCCUGGACUUUCUUCCCGCCUGAAACACGAUGCGAGCAUGUCUCAGUCUAUUGCAGGUGAUGUUAGAUCGCUGUCGCAGCCAUCUGAGAAUACUCUUGAUCUGGAUGCGGUCUUCAAAGAACAAUUUGGUGUCACCUAUGAUCUCCUGGCGACUGUGAACGAUGCUGAGAAGCCUACGAAGGCUCAAGUAUUCUACUUGAUGUUUCCUGCCGGGUCCGAAGUAGUGCAGGAAGAGUACGAAGUUAUGCACGAGUUUUUAAGAAGACACAAUGCUGUGACCUAUUCAAAUCGCCUACCGGAAGAUUGGGAGAGAUUUGCACGCACGAUACAGAAGGGGGUUGUCUUGGCUCAUGAAAGCUUUCUGAAUUACCAUGCCCUACCUUUCAUCAAGGAGCUGAUUCAUCGAAGUGUCAGCUUCUGGAGUCUUUCAUUAAGAAAGCCACUACAAUACGCUGACCACCCCACGUACAUUCAACGGGUAUUCCCUCAUGGUGGUGUCAUCCUAAUCACAGAAGACUUCAUGCUUAGGGAACCAGACGCCACGCUCAUCAUCCUGGCGUGGCUAAAGGAUUGGAUAAAGCAGAAAUUCCCAGGGAGUUGGAAGGUCAUGUUCCGUCCAAAUAUCCUGGACUGGCUCCUGAAGCAAUCUGAAUCGGAAGAUCCAUUCAGGCAGGGAAUAUGGUUGAGCAUGUAUGCUCUGAUUCUUCAAUUAAACAAUCGCGUGGCAGGCUCAGAACAGACCGGAGCAAAUACUCUCAGCGGCGCCAGCGGUGAGUACACUGAAGAUCCUGUGGUUUCACUUGACGCCAUCCCACUCUAUGGGUCGCGCACCGAAGAUGAUGAUGCGAGUAUACCGAAAGGCCUCACACAGGAGCAAAGGAACACCGACCACCUUGGAGAAUUUUUCGCCGGUUGGGCAAUAGUCAACAACCACAGGUUCAGACGGUUCGUCAUGCUCACGGCAGUGAAACCUCUACCGAGAUGGGAAGCCUGGCAACAUAUUGAGAUCAGAUAUGGGGCAAAAGAUUUUAUGAAGACCUUCAACGUCAAGUACAAGACGUACUGGGACAAAGUGAGGCCUAGGCUAGGGAAACCAGGUCUGUCGUCGGAGGCGAAAUCCCAAAACCAGAAUCCCGCCUAUACACCCCGAACACCUGCAGCGAAUGGACCUUCAGCCGAUGAGCUGGAUGUCUCGAGGGUCGGCGGGUUUUCUCACGGCCCUUCGAGGCUGAAAUACCCCCAACCGUACCAAUGA